AGCGAAGUGAUAAACUUAGCCACGUGCUUUAACGCCCCCGGUACACAAUUCCUGGCAAUUAUCGUCUUUCGAGUAGUCGUUAGCAGAUAUUCGCGUUACUCCGUCGAUGGCCGAUCCGGAAAAGAAGGUGGCGAAAGAGAUGACCACGUGCGACAUGCAUACGGGAGGAGAACCCCUGCGCAUCGUCACUUCCGGCUAUCCCAGACCACAGGGGAAGACCAUUCUGGAAAAAAGACGCUUCGCUGAACGGCACCUGGACAGAUAUCGGAAGUUUCUUAUGGGGGAGCCCCGGGGCCACCGGGACAUGUACGGGGCAGUGUUGGUGGAGCCCGAAGAUCCAGAGGCGGCCGAUUUCGGGGUCCUGUUCCUGCACAACCGGGGAUACAGUACCAUGUGCGGUCACGCAGUCCUGGCCCUGGGCAGAUACGCCGUGGAUCGAAAACUGGUGGCACCCGUCUCCCCGGAGACCCCCCUGAAGAUCCACUGUCCCUGUGGGGUGGUCCGGGUCUUCGUUCGCUACGAAAACGAGAAAAGCGGAUCCGUCAGGUUCUACGGAGUUCCCUCCUUCGUCUACCAAUCGGAUGUGGAAAUCUCGGUUAACGAAGAACUUGUCAAAGUGGACGUGGUUUAUGGGGGUGCAUUCUACGUCGUGGUCCCCGCUCGUGCGGUCAAAUGCAACGUCGAAAAGUCUAGAUACCAGGAUUUGGUGAAUGCGGCCUCCUCAGUUACCGAAGCGGUCAAGAAUAGAGUGACGCUUCAACAUCCGGAAGAUCCAGAUUUGUCUUAUCUGUACGGCACCAUCCUAACGGGAGGUACGAAAGACGAAAAAAACUUCUGCGUCUUUGCCGACAGACAGGUGGACAGAAGUCCGACGGGAUCGGGAGUCAUGGCCAGAAUGGCUCUUCUUCACCACAGAGGUUCGGUGUCCGUCGACCAAACCAAAGUCUUUUCUAGUUUUGCCGGGAGCGUCAUGACCGGAAGAAUAGUCGAAACGGUAAAGUACGGGCCUUAUCCGGCGGCGGUGGUGGUGGAAGUUUCCGGAAACGCCUACUACACAGGAAGUCAUCGUUUCUUUUACGAAGACGACGAUCCCCUAAAAGACGGCUUCUUUCUCGAUAAUUAAAUUCGAAGGACGUCGAAGAAACGAAGUCAAUUGCGCCUCCUCCUAUUUUUUCCGAAAUGAGGAACGGGUUCCGACCCGGGUCCUCCUUGCCCGCCAACGUUAUAACUCGUAUUGUAAUUGUGUUUUUAAUCACGUGACGAACUAUAACCAAUAGUACGUUGGAACUAGUUUGGAGGCUCCGCAAUGGUCUUCGUCAUUGUGACGUAGAAAUUGUCAAUCGGGUCCGUGUUCGGUAAGGAGAAUUCUCGUAUACGAGUCAACCGCCCCAUAAAAUUUUCCGUAUCAUUUAAUUGUCUGGAAGAGGGAGGAAAGAUAAAUUGUUCCGAAUUACACCGUUAUUCGAAAGACAAAAAGAUAAUUGCAGAUAUCCUCCGCAACGAAUACAUAUUUUACUAUUAAAUGCAUUCCCCUUUUUGUUACGACCGCAGAUUUGCCACUGUUAUAAAUAAAUAUAUUUAGACAUGCACGUAUAGCCAGCUCAGAAGUACGUAGGCCGGCAAGAAUGACGUCACCAGUAUAGUGAAAGUAUUCCGAUAGAAAUGCUUAGAAUUCUCACAGUGGGAAGAAUCUAGAAGUGGUUAGAAACGCGACCUUCUGUGUUAUCGAACAUGGUUCCAAUUAUCAAAUAGACUAUUGGGUAUUACAAUUAUCGGCGUCGUAAAGAAUCUAAAGUCUCCGUAGUUCUGUACGGAAAUUCUUAUUGUAUAAGUGAAAAAAUGUUUAACCGAAUCUGAUUAUAGUGAACAAUACAUUUAUAAUAGAAAAUAGUCAUUUGUAAACACUCAAAAUUGAUAUAAAGUAAAAUUGGCAAGAUUUGGAGCACGAAAAUAUUCUAGUUCCUGCAAUUACUAUAGUUGAUUAGCAAAAGAAAACAUCACAAUGUAUGUACAGUACAGUACUAUACAGUACAUAAUAUAAAAUUGGAAUGGAAUACUAUCGUUAACAACACGAAAUUAAAAUACAGUAGAGCAUCGAUUAUCCGACCCCCGAUUAACCGUCACAUCGGUUAACCGACCGUU